AUGGAUCGACCGUUGCUAGGAGACAGUGGCAAUGGCGGCAGACGGAUCAACCAGAAAGCGUAUAUCUUUUUCUUUGGUCUCAUCUUUACUGCCACUUUGAGUAUCUACCGAUCUUCCUAUUUUUCUACCAGUGAUGGCACCGAUGCUUCUGGGAUUAUUCCGCUACAAGGACAGGGAGAAUUGCAGGUGGAGUUUGCCCCUUCCCGUUUAGACACAUCCGCCAUUGCCAAAACUUCAGUCACUACAACUGGUACUACAUCUGAUACCCCUGAUACCCCUGACUUUUCAGCACAGCAACGAGAAAUUGACCAAGUCAAUGAGAAACUGAAACUGAAACUAAAAUCAGAUAAAGACAAUGGGAAAGACAAUGGUACCAAGAAAUCAGUGGACAGUGAACCCAAGAAGAAAGCCAAUGAGAAAGUAGAAGACAAGGACAGCAACAACCACAAUAAGCCACAAGACACUGCUAGUAGUAGUAGUAGUAGUAGUAGUGCCAAACCACAAGAAGAAUCACAAGAACAAGAACAAUCUACUACUAGUAAGGAACCAGAGGAAGAGAAAAAGCCCAUGAAUGUGGUAAUACUCUAUGCUGAUGAUUGGAGACAUGACUCACUGGGCGUGGCGGGAACACUACCGGUCCAUACCCCCUUUCUCGACUGGUUAUCCCGCACCAAGGGAAUCCGCUUUACCCACAAUUGCGUCACCACCAGUGUCUGUUGGAUCAGUCGCGCCACAUUGCACACGGGACAAUACUACAGUCGACAUCAAGCCACGCGACCCAGAGACAAUGGAUGGUACGACAUGUGGCACGAUACUUAUCCAUCCUUGCUCAAACACAAGAGAGAUUAUUGGGUCAGUCAUAUUGGGAAAUGGCAUUCCGCCGAUUGGGGUAAAGUGAAAGGGACGUAUGAUCAUCAAAAAGUAUAUUACGGCAAACACUGGUUUCCCGGCAAUCCUCGACCCAUUCAUGUCACGGAACGCAAUGAAAACGAUGCCAUUGAGGCGUUGAAAAAACGACCCAAAGAAAAACCAUUUGUCUUGACGGUGGCAUUUUUUGCACCCCAUUCGUGGGAUGGCAAUCCGGAACAAUUUCUCCCCCAAAACAAAUCCUUGUCGCUCUAUCAGAACAUUACAUUGCGUGCACCCGUCGAUAUGGACGCAUCCUAUAAACGACUCCCCCGCAAGGUCAUUUCCGAACGAAACGAAGGACGCACGCGAUGGCGCCAACGAUUCGAUGAACCGACCAAAUACGACAAAAUGCUGAAAAACUACUUUCGACUCAUUAGUGAAGUCGACGGGGCGUGUCAAAAAGUAUGGGACGAACUGGAAGCGCAAGGCAUUCUCAACAAUACGCUCUUUGUCUUUACGACCGACAAUGGAUUUUAUCAUGGGGAACAUGGAUUGGCGGGGAAAUGGUAUCCGCACGAAGAGUCGAUACGAGUUCCCUUGAUCAUUUACGAUCCUCGCAUGCCAACCGAAAAGCAGGGGACCACCGAUGACUCGUUCACACUCAACAUUGAUCUUGCUCCGACCAUAUUGGGAGCUGCCAACAUUGACGUGCCAGAAACCUAUCAAGGAAGGGAUAUCUCCGAUUUGUAUCUACCACAAAAAUCAGCAACACCACCCUGGAGAACCGAGUUCUUUUACGAACACCCAAUUCACUUGCACCAGAACGUCAUUCCGGCGUCGUCGGCUCUGGUCCGAAAAGAUAUCAAAUACAUUCAAUGGCCCAAUUGGGGUGUCGAGCAACUCUUUAACCUCACCAGUGAUCCCAUGGAAGAAAAUGACGUGAUAUUGGACCCCAACUAUGCGGGUCUGCAUGGGGAGCUCAAGGCGCGCCAUGACACACUACGGGAUCUGGUGGCCAAAGAAAAAACAAAGUUUUAG